UGGACCCCUGAUUCACACUACAGGAGAUAGAAGAGUGUUACAGGGUCAUUAGGGGUCAUCUAAUCAAACGAGGAACAUCACUAUAAUCUCUCAGAAAUGUUACUAUCGUAUUAUAUUCAAUUAUUCAUUGCAGAACAAAUCAACACACCAAAUUGACAUAGUAGGUUUGAUGCUUUCGAAACGGUUUGGCUGUGACUGCUGUUUCCAUUAGAUAUUGUUGGGUUGUGUGUGAACUCUUUCAAGUGUCCCCUUUGCUUGUGAUUCCCAGACCAAAGGGUUCCUGGGAAAUGCAGGUGCUGAUAUGUUCCAGAACCUGAGCUGUUCUCUGAAGGUGAACGGGGCUGACAGACAGAACGUCACGGUCAUCAGGAAGAAAGGUCAUGAAUUCACCACUAAGGCCCAGAAGACCUUUGAAAGGUUGAGUUUCCGUAAGGCCAGUUCUGGUGUGUACCGUACCGUGGUGUUUGCAGCUGAAGGAACCACUCUGACCGACGUCCAUCGUUUCUGUCAGGACGAGUGUACCCAGAACACCUGCUGUGACGGCUUCAUCCUCAACCAGAACGUUCUCAGCGGAGGUACCAUUAUGUGUGGUCUGCUGAGCUACCCAGACAUGUUGCUAUGCAGUGAGGCAGACUGGGAUGUGUCUGGCCUGGCCAAGGCGAACAGGAUCUGUGGGGCUGGAGUCACCUACAAUAAACUGCAGAAACAGUUCAUCUUUAACUUUGGAGGACAAGACUUCAACAUCACUGAUACAGCUCUGCCAACAUCAAGCAAGAACAAAACUGACUACCAGGCCACCAUUAUUGGGUUCCAAGGCAUUUACCUCUGGAAAGAGUCUGACAUGACCACUCGUCCCAAGACCUCCCCAGCCUGUAGCAGUGUCCUCCCACAACAAGCCCCCAGAGUUGUUCUGUCGGAUGCAGUGAAGGAGACGUUUGUGACCCUGGACAGCAGUGCUGUUGUUGUGGACUCUGAACAGGGACAUCCCCAGCCUGCACUACUGGAUCUUUAA